AUGCCAAAGCAGAAUCAGCCCAAUACUCAGCGCAAGCGACCCCACCAGCCUGGUGCCGAGACACAGGGCGCCGAUAACCGAAAGAAGCCCAGGCUCCGGCCUGCCCUGCAAGAGGAUGUGCAGGAAGCUGCAGGCCUCGACAAGAGCGAAGUAGAUGUCGGCCAGGCUGAUGAAACAGACGUGCAGCACUUAGCCCGGCACAGCAACAGCAAGAUUGCGGCACGGUGUGCUCGAUGCAAGCGACUCGGUCGCUUCACUCACUUCACGGUUUUCGGUAAGGUUCUUGCGGUUCCAGUCGGCGUGGGCAACAAUCGGAUUGGCAGUCGGCUUUCAACGAGAUGGGGCGCCUAUGAGGUCGCCACCAACGUCUUCCUAGCUCCGGAUCAGCCGAUAGCUCAAUGUCUAAAGAAACUCAUUCUGGUGAUGCACUGGGCGGUGAAGCACUUCCGGAAGGAGAAGCUCCGCCAAGCCAAAUGCAUCAGCCUAGCAAUCGAUGAUCGGAAAGAUUACCGUCUCCUGCGGUACCGGUGCAGCAUGCCGCCUGCGACCUGUCCUACGCAAGAAUCAGCCUGCGCAGAGGAAGGCGCGAGGCCCGCAGGUCCCCAGGUCCCUAGGUCUUUGGAGGAAUGGUGCGGCAGCCCGACGCUGGCGGCGGAAGGAUUGCUGGGUGUUUACAGAGUGGGAGGAGCUGUCCCAGCCAACACCCUCGAGUCACACGACACAGACAAGGCCCAGAAAAUGACAGACAGUGUUCUUGAGAUGUUGACGAGGGCGUGCGAGGAUCCAGAAGGCAACCUCGACCGAGCAGCCUUGCAGACCAUACAAGAGCAUGUGCGGCACUUUGCGUCAGACCAGGGCCCAACAGUGCAGAAGUCCGGAAAGCAGAUUGCCAGUAGCGCGGAAACACCUAACCUGGCAUGGGUCAGCUUCGAUCCUGCGCACCAAGUUCGAAUCGCCUUUGAAGACCCGCUGCACGCGCUUCCUGAUUUCAAAGAACAAUGGACACGCCUAUUUGCAGGCAAACACGCUUUGAUUCCUGACAUACAGCACUCGGAGGUGUGGAAGAGUCGGCUCAUGGCUGCGCAGCAAGCAGUCCUUGAGAAGCAUGGUUCUCAAUCUGGCCUGGAGAAAACCGUACGGGCAUUCUCCUUUGCGCAGCCACGUUUCGACUCUGCUACCGCGCCUAUGAUGAAGUAUUGCUUGUUAAUCCGUGCCAUCGCCAUACUCUGCGGCAUGCAGGCCGCCGAUGAGCGCAACAAACCUGAAAUCAGACAUCGGGCCGAGAUGGCGCUGAGAAACAUGCAGGCGCCCAUUUUGUUCCGCUGUGCACUCACUUGCGACUACACGUCUGAGUGCACGUCGUUCCUGCGCAAGUUCGACAAGGACGAUCCAGACGUAGCAGAGGUGCCAGAGUUGCUGAAUGAGUUUUCCGAGCGACAGCGGCUCUUGUUUGUGGACGGCUACAUCUUGAGCGAUGCUUCCUCUGCAGGCUCUGGAGGCUCUUCUGGUUCCCAGGUCCCAAGGCCCGGCGUUUCUGCGCAGAGCGAUUGCAAGACGGUCUCACAGCGUGUGUUUGAGGAGAUAGAGAUAUUCUACGGUCAGCGAGUCCACUAUCUUUGCACGCGUGCCUCUGUGUCUGAAGUACGCCGUGUCAUGGAAGAGAUGAGCAGCGUGGUGCAAGCUAUGCUCAAACGCUUGGAAGUGGAUUUGUCGCGCGAUGAAGUUGCCCUGGCUCUGCAAGUCUUCCAUGUGCCUUUGUGGGGGGAUGCUGCCCGGCGCCAGGAGUUGCGUCAGCAUGCCCAGGCACUCUGCAAGGUCUUAGGGCUCCAGUGCAAGGGCGCCGGCUCUGUCCUUGGCACGGUUGGACAAAAGCUUCACUCCAUGAGGCAAGCAGCAAAAAACCAAGGUGGCUCGGUGAGCAAUAGGCAGGCGUGGUCUUGGGUUCUCGAUCCGGUGUGGCGGGCCCAGCACACCCCCAGGCUCCAGUGGCAGCCCGAGUACGAAGAGCUGGUGUGCUUCUAUCUAGCUGUGAAGAUCAACACAACAACUGUGGAAAGGAACUUGGGCGAGUUGCUGCAGCAACUGAACGCUCACUCAGGUCCCCUCGCGGAGAGCGGGGCCAGUCUGGCCUCGAUCUUGGAGGUGGCUGGUGACGGCCCCCAAAAAGAAUGCGAGUUCUUUCUUCCCCCCCUUGAAGAGGGCGGUGCCCUUGUUCCCACAGCGUUUGGUGUCAAAUGUGGGCAACUGUGGCUCGAGCAUUUCGGGAGGCGCUUUCGCAGGACCUAUUAUUGUGGGAGCGACGCCGGGGGCGAGACCAACAAGACAGGUCCCAGGCCGAAGAACCGUGGCCACAAGCCGGGAUCCCUGGCAGCGAUUGUUGCUGGCCGCAAGUCGGCUGCAUCAGCACUUGUGUCUGCCGCCAAGGAGGCUUCCCGGAAAAGACAGACCUGGCAGCCUGCGAGUUUCGUGCCGUCUUUGUCGUUGCCAGUGAAGGCGCAACCCCAGUCAACCUGUCUGGCCGGCACCCGCUGGGGUUCAGCGCCCGUUCCCACACACAUUGAGAGCCUGAAAAAGUUCCAGAAGCACACUCAGAGAAAACUUCAACGCUGCCCGGCUGCAUGUCAGGGACUGUUUCCUAUAUAUAAGGAAAAAAACAAGUCUGCUACAUGUCUGUUGCGCUUCCCGCUUGGUUGCGCACAGGUUUAG